GAACAGCUUCUGCGAGCCCUAGAUUUCCGGAACAAGUUUGCUUCCCGCCCGUACUUACCUUCCCGGGUUAUACCUCCAGAAAGGAAAAAGAUUCUUCUCAGUGAUAUCUUAGAAAUUAAAUGGCCUCACCCUGCUACAGCUGAUCUGACAAGAUGUGUAGACAAUGGCAAUGUGAAGAUCUCAUCCACAGAUGGCUAUGCUCACCUUUACUUGCCAGAACUGCAGCAAGAAUUUACCGUGGAGUUCUUAUGCAAAGUCAGCCAGUCACCUGCAGCAUCCUUACGCUCCUCUCAAAAGAACAGCAACUAUCAAACUGGAGAGCAGUAUGGAAAACCAAGUGAAAAUUCUGUUGCAGAAAUGCCAUUGAAACAAACAAGAAUAGAGAAUAAGAAGAGUGAACAUGGUUGUGCUGAAGGUAAAUACAGGGAACCAACCAAACUAGAGGACCAAGGAGAUGGAGUCCCUGUGUUCUACACAAGCUGUUCUUCUGAAUACACAUGGGUUACACAGCGUUGGUCUGUUUCCUCCUGCCCAGAAGAAUGGAAAUACCCUUUGUCCUUGGCACUAAUGUGCUCUAAGUUACAUACUGUUAAGAAUGUAAUGAAGACGUAUGAGGAAAACAACCACACAUCUCUAGAAUCUGAUGUUUUAACAGACCCUGAGACACAUGAAACAGUUUCUCGUUUACCUACAGCUUUGCCACUUAGCUGCAGAGCCUCACAUUUACACAGGUGGAUUUUCUGUGACUUCUUUUGGAAUGAAGAUACUUUUCAGUAUUCAUACCCUCAGCUAGUUCAAGUCGUAUGGUGCCAGGGUGUUUUUUAUAGAUUUAUCCACGGUAGGACAAACAUCACUGAAAUUUAUCCUGGUGAUGACUCACUUUUGAAGUCCGAGGGAGCUUUUUUUGGAAAGUAUUUCAUACAUUAUGCAAUCCAAAAAGGAACAAAAAAGGUGGAAGAAAAGAUGUAUUCAGUGAACAGCCUACCCCCUGAUGUGCCAGGAAAUCCAUACUCUGUAUCCUCCAUUAUUACUCAGGCAACCAAAAUACUUCGGUAUUGCUGCAAGACAAAACUAUCAUUAAGUCAUAACUAUUACCUCUGCUGCUGGAAGGUGGCACCUGAGACAGAUGGACGAGAAACGUUGCCGGUUGUGCUGUAUGAAAAGGUUAUUCCCAGCAUUGGAAGACUCAUUGUGUACUCAGAUCAUAAAGUCCAUGCUGCUUUUUGGGAUGGAGUGACCCUGAAUAUGGUCUGGGAUUUCAGCUCUUCCUGUAGUGAGAUACAGGUAAAUGAGGAUGUAGGUUGGUGUAAGUUAACUACUCCUGAUGGGCUACAGCAGCUACUACAAAUAAAUCAUCCUGGAGUCUACGAAAGAACUGAACACGGGAGUGAGUCAGAAGAACUCAGUGAAGGGAAUGUCUUGGAGGCUUUGGAAAAAACUUCUAAAGUCAUUCAGGAUAUUGAAUCCCUGCUUGCAGCUUCUGGAAAGUGA